AUCGAACCCACUGAUCAUCCACUGGGACCAGGUCGAAUGUUUGUAGUCUGGGCUAAAGGCCAACAACAAGGCGCAUAUACACAUGUAGCCGAAUCUGCUUUGGAUGAUGGCAAUCACUCAAAUAUCCAAUUCUAUCCUGAUGAUAUUCUCAAGUAUCACGGAGCUAAAAAUCGGGGUGUGCAUCCUAUAGACUUCACAACACCAGUGAAGAUGCUUCGACCUGGAGAUGCUGCAUUUGGCGUCAACAUUGCUGCAACUCAACAACCUGUUCAUAAGGACAUCGCUAAAAUUUCCGAUAUCAGCUCCACCACACUACCACCCGACACAUUAUUAACAUCGGACCAAGUUCCAUACGAAGAAUCAUCCUCUAAUAUUCGGGAUAUAACGAUACUCUCAUUUCUUAUUGCUGCAUUGUUUGUCUUAUAUUGA